CGUGGCGACCACCCCAUCACCACAAGUGCAUGCAAGUUCGAAUUGUGUCGUGAGUGCAAACUAUGUGAGAACGUUCAAAACUGUGUUGGUGCUGAAUAAAAACUGUUAAAAUGAAAAUCGUACUGCAAACGAUACGGAUACUAGUCAUUAUACAAAUCAUCAGAAAGGCCCGCUGUCAAGAUGGAUUUAGUAAUCAAGAUUUAUUACGCCUACAUGCUAUGGUUACCAACGAAGGGCAAGGCGAAUCCAUCCCCAAUUAUAACACCAAUGGUAUACAGAGAGAUCCAAAUACCCAAUCUGGGAACUCGGUGAAUGUUCCUUACCAUACAGAAGAUCAAGCUGUAAAUGAGGAGUACAAUAGAGCUGAUCGCGCCCGAAGUAGGAAAGUGUAUCAUAUAAAAAAUCCAUUCCAGAAUCAGGACAGUGAAAUACACGAGGUAAAUACUGAGACGCAAGACAGCGGCACCGCAGCUAGUAGCCAGUAUGCAGCCAUGCAGUAUUCGCUACCGCCCGAAGAAUUUCUUCAACAAAUGAGAGAAAAUCAAUACUACCAACAACAACAACAACAACAGUUGUCUACCCCAGCUCCAAACACGGGGUACACAGCAACACCCCAGCCUUCUUACCAAUAUUCGACUAUUUCCCCUAAUUACGAUAAUAAUAAUCAGAUAUCCAAUCAAAUACCGCAACUUGAACCUAAAACAUCCAAUAAUCCAUCUUAUUACCAAAAUACUAACUCUUAUCAAUAUGGCAGUAAUUCAUAUUUAGACGGUGUUCAAAGUUCACCGUCUCCUGUACAUCCUCAUUUAUCGAGUUCACUUCCUAAUAAUCAGUUUGUGAGUACACAAUCUAGUGCUUACAUUUCUAGUGCAUCUCCGAUAUUUCUGUCUAGUCCUCCAAAUUUACAACAUUAUAUUUCAUCACCAAUGACGGAUGUUCAAACAGGAUCGUCUGAUUAUAGUAACAGAGUAUCAACUGUUGGUUCCUUUAGUUAUGACAACAAUAAAGUUUCAGCAAAUCCUUAUGAGAGCUCUGGAAUAAAAUAUCCGAUGAAUGUACAGCAAUAUCAAAGUGAACAAUCAUAUUCCACUCCGAAUCCAUCGUCAUCACCUUAUUCUGAAUUAACUCCGGAUUCUUGGCAUAGUUCAAAUUCUGCUGUAAAUACUUUAUCGAAAUCUAUGCAAGAUAUGUCAUUAACGCAAUAUCAGAAUUAUCCCUACAACAAUAACCAACAAGAAAUGAGAUCAGAUUCCGAAAGAACUGAAAAUAUGAAUGGUGAAACACAUCGUAUUGGUAAUAUGCCAGCAGCUAAUACUAUGUUUAUGAAUGUGGUACCUCCAGAAUAUCAGUUAAAUAAUUUAAGAGCUCGAACUAGGGACGCAGAACAAGAAACAGCCCAAAGCUCCAUUUAUUCUCACGGAGAUUUUGGAUGGAAGCUCGCUAAUAAAAAAAUACCAGAUAGCUAUACGUCUGGCACUUAUGGUAGACUUCAGUUUCCUUUGCAGCCUACACCCGGUUCGGCGAUAAGUCAAAUGAGUUUUCAUAUGGACACAGGUAAGCCUAAUACCUACGAAGCUGUAAAGUCUGCAUCUGAAAAUUUAGAAGCACAAGAAUUUGCAAAAGCAGCUGCAAAAGCUCAAGAAAGACAACAGCAGCAACAACAAUUCUAUGGUAAUAACUUACAAACUUAUUACAAUAACAACCAUUUAUUAGGCACUAUUACACCUGGACCUCUUUAUGCUAAUAAUGAUAAGCUAAGGAAUAAGCACGGCGAAAACUCAAAUCUCUAUGCUUAUAGCAAUAUUCAAACUGAUUUAAUUACUGCAUCGCCUUAUUAUUAUGCAAAUUCAAAGGAGAAUAACAUAGACCUGAAAACCAAACAACCAUUUGACCAUGAUAAAGCUUUAAAAAAUAUUGUACCAAUUGAUGUAUCAAAUGUAGUUUCAGAUUCCCAAUCGAAGUCUGUUGCGGAUAAUAAUAAUAGACAAAAUAUAAACAAUUUUGGUAAAGAUAGCCAACUUGAACAAAAUUUAAAACAAUACUACAGAUCAAUUACUGAUGCAUAUUACAAAGACAAAAAUUCUAUUUACGGUUUUAAUAUUAAAACAAAACCAGAAGAUCUUAUAACAAACGAAAAUAAACAUUUAGAUCUCAAUAGUUUUUAUGCCAAACAGCAACAAUUCCAAGAGCCUACUUAUAAUCAAGGAAGUACGUCAGAGAAUAAACGUUACAUAGAUGGAUCAUUGAAUUCGCCAAAUAGUCAUUUUUCAGAAAACUCUCAAUCAUCUCUAAAUAUUCAGCAACAGCGUCCACUAAAUUCAAUUACAUCUGAUGUCUCAAAUAUAUUCAAAUUAAAUGAUAUUCCCUAUAGAUUUUCAUCUGGUUUACCUGAUGGUGUUAAUAACAAUAAUUUCGAACAAGCAGUAAUACCUACACCAUUACCAAUGAGAAUUAAUCAAAAUGUAGGAAGUCAUCAAUUGGACGUAGCGACAAAUAUACUUAAUAAAUUAAUUUUAAACAAGCAACCUUCAGUUAAACUUAAUAGACCCGAACUGGAUCCACAAGGUGCCAAUUUGCUAUCUACAAUUAAUGGUUUCAAAGUAGCAAAUCCGUUUAAUGUUGAUUUGAAGUUAGUAGCAGAAAUGUUAAAAGGAAAGCCAGCUCUUGAUGAAACUCAGAUAUUACCUUUAAGAGAUCAAUUUAGUAAAACUGUACCGCUCAAGUUAGAUAUAUCACAAUUACAUCAACUUCUAUUAAAAAAUGAUAAUAACGCCAAUUAUGGUUCAUUAAAUGAAGGCCUUGGUGCAUUUGCUAAUCCAUAUAUAGACAUUUACAAUUCUGGUCGGUUUCCGUAUCAAGGUGUGAAAUACUCUCGCAGUCAAGAAGAAGAGGAAAGCAUCAUUCCUAUAGCAGACUCUUCAAAUAAUCAUCCGAUAGGAGCUGUUAUUGAACAAAUAGAUGACAUGUCAAGUGAUCGUGAAGCGAGUACAUUGUCAGAUACAGCUGUGAUAACAAAUUUGGAAGAUAGACCAAAAAAUAUAUUUAAUCCAGGCUCCAGAAUAGGCCAUAGGCAUCCAAACUCACUUGUUCCAGGGCGUCAUUCGUAUCAAAGAAAGUAUCCCAAAUCUAAUAUUAACGAACCGUAUCCUUUACUAAAACCUCCACCUCAGUCUAGAAAUAGAGGUGGUCGCAGUAAAUAUAGUAAACAGUUACGCAGGCGACGUGUUAACAAAACAUUAAAUCCGCGGAUUAUGAAAACUGAGCCAUUAUUCGAGGCUGACGCUGAUAUUGAGGAUGAUAACGUAUCAACUGUAUUGAGACCACCUAAUCCAAUUUCAGAGGCAAAAAUUGAAGAAAAGAAUGAUGAAGAUGAAUAAAAUUAUUUAGUAACUUAUUAUGAAGCCUCUAGAAAUUAUAUCCCCUAUAUUAACCAACACGAACUGGACUAACACUUUUAGCUCAGUCAUCACUGGUGGUUCAAAAUGUUAAAUUCAUCAAAGAAGUUGUAAAUAUUCUAUUUUUUCCAAAUUUCUAAGUCGUAUUCAUGUAUAGAAACGAAAUAUAGAAAUUUAUAGAUAGAAUAGUAAGUAAAAUUUGGGACCUGGUUAAAAUAUCGUAUAUUAAAUAAGCUGCAUGCUAUUCGGUACAACCUAUAUUUGUAUUCGUAUGAAAAGCAAAUGAAAGUUUAUGACGUUCUAAAUUGGACUGCCUUAAAUUUCUAUAAUUCUACUGCAUCAUAUGUAGUAGAAUUGAUUACUAAAAGAAAUGUAUUUAUUCUUAUUUAUUCUGAUUAUUCUACACAUAUAGAUGCUGCUGUUGUUACAUAUUAUGGCAUUUACAUUAUAAUAAUAGUUAUACGAAAAUUUAUUAAAUAGAAAUGGAAAAUGCAUUUACAAUAAUGAAAACUGUAACAUUUUAAUUGCGUUUUUCAAAAUGUUUAGAGCUUUUUAUAUGUAAAGUAUAGUGUUGUAAAUAGUAUUAAUUUUAGUUUUAGGAUACCUCCUUACUUAUCUUAUGUUAUUAACAAAUCUUUAAUGUAUGAUUAAGGUGUAAAUAUUUAUAAAAUAACUUAAUAUACAUUGUUAUUUUGUGAUAAGUGAUAAUUAAGUAAAUGUUUGGCACGAUCCACUCUAUUUGAGUGUAUAAAUCUACAUGUAGGAAUAUAUGUAGUAUUUGUUGUUGUUAAAUUGUUAUUGUUU